AUGGCUUAUCAUUACGUAGUUACCGCACAGAAGCCUACAGCAGUUAUAUCAUGUAUCACAGGAAAUUUUACAUCACCUACGGAUUUAAACCUUCUGGUAGCGAAGGUGUCCCGCCUGGAGAUGUACCUAGUAACUCCCGAGGGACUGAGACCUAUGAAGGAGGUUGGCUUGUAUGGCAGGGUGGCUAAGAUGAAAUUAUUUAGACCACCGUAUGAACAAAAAGAUUUAGUAUUCAUACUGACGGCUCGGUAUAAUGCUAUGAUACUGGAAUGGAGGACAGGUGCUAACGGGGAGUUGGAGGUAGUUACCAGGGCUCAUGGCAAUGUUGCCGACCGUAUCGGCAAACCAUCGGAGAACGGAAUCCUGGCCGUCAUAGACCCACAAGCGAGGGUCAUCGGACUCAGACUAUAUGAUGGAUUAUUUAAAAUAAUACCACUUGAUAAAGAUUCUACCGAGCUCAAAGCUGCUAGUUUAAGAUUGGAAGAGCUGAAUGUGUAUGAUUUAGAAUUCCUACACGGAUGCUCGAAUCCUACAUUAAUUUUAAUUCACCAGGAUCUCAAUGGAAGGCAUAUUAAGACUCAUGAGAUAAAUUUAAGGGACAAAGAAUUCAUGAAGAUACCAUGGAAACAGGAUAAUGUGGAGACAGAGGCUUCAAUUCUCAUUCCAGUUCCAAGUCCACUAGGAGGUGCUAUUGUGAUUGGUCAGGAAUCUAUUGUGUAUCAUGAUGGACAGAGUUAUGUAGCAGUUGCACCGCCACAGAUAAAGACCCCUAUCAACUGCUACUGCCGCGUGGACGCUCGAGGUCUUCGUUAUUUGCUGGGAGACAUCGCCGGUCGACUGUUCAUGCUGCUAUUGGAAUUAUCGGAGCGAGACGGCACUGCUUCUGUCAGGGAUCUCAAAGUUGAAUUACUUGGUGAUAUCCCUAUCCCCGAGUGUAUGACCUAUCUGGACAACGGCGUUGUAUUCGUGGGUUCUCGCUUGGGAGACAGUGCGUUGGUCCGACUGGCCGCUGUGAGGGACGACGCCUCGCAGUACGUGCAGCCCAUGGAGACAUUCACUAGCCUGGCGCCCAUCGUGGACAUGUGUGUUGUGGACCUGGAGCGGCAGGGGCAGAACCAACUGAUUACUUGCUCCGGUGCGUUCAAGAUGGGUUCCCUGCGUAUAAUAAGGAACGGUAUCGGCAUUCAGGAGCAGGCGUCCAUCGACCUGCCCGGCAUUAAGGGCAUGUGGGCGCUCACACUUGGCCAGGGACCACAUCACGACACACUUGUACUGGCAUUUGUGGGACAAACUCGCGUGCUGACCUUAAACGGGGAAGAGGUUGAGGAAACAGAAAUAAAAGGCUUCGUGUCGGACAGACAGACUUUCUUCACGGGGAACGUGUGCCACGACCAGCUGAUACAAGUCACGGACGAGGGUAUACGGCUGAUAGGGCGCGGGCCGGGCGGCUGGGGCGGAGUCGCCGCCUGGGCCCCCGCCGGCCGGGCGCUGUCUGUGGUGUCCUGCGGAGACACGCGGGCCGUGGCCGCCGCGGGACCCAGGAUAUACCUCGUGGCUAUACAGCAGGGGGCGCUGGAACUGAUCGCUGAGGUGUGUAUGGACGAGGAGGUGGCCUGCCUGGACCUCGGCCCGGGCGGCGAGGAAGCCCUACUAGGGGUCGGCUUGUGGACGGAUAUAUCUGUACGAGUACUGAAACUACCUGACCUACGACCGCUACAUACAGAGAAACUCUCUGGAGAGAUCAUCCCCCGCUCGCUGCUCAUCUGCGUGUUGGAGGGCGUGUGUUACCUGCUGUGCGCGCUGGGCGACGGCUCCAUGUUCUACUUCACCGUGGACCCGGACAGCGGCGCGCUCACCAACAAGAAGAAGGUCACGCUCGGCACGCAGCCCACCGUGCUGAGGAGCUUCAGAUCUCUGUCAACGACCAAUAUCUUCGCGUGUUCUGAUCGUCCAACCGUUAUAUUUUCGUCCAACCACAAGCUGGUGUUCUCCAACGUUAAUCUCAAAGAAGUAGCUCACAUGUGUUCACUCAACGCCGUGGCUUAUCCCGACAGUUUGGCUCUAGCUACAGAUAGUACAGUGACAAUUGGUACUAUAGAUGAAAUACAAAAGCUGCACAUACGGACCGUGCCGCUGGGAGAGACGCCAAGACGUAUUGCCUACCAAGAAGCUUCACAGACGUUCGGCGUGAUCACGAUGCGCGUGGACAAGGUGGAAUGGACUGGCGGAUGUGGGUCGCUGGUGCGGCCGUCCGCCUCCACCGCCGCCGCAUCCGCUUCCGCCGCCGCGCCCCCCUCCAAGCACGCGCCCGCACCGCUCGACCUCGAGCUACACAACCUGCUCAUACUGGACCAUCACACCUUCGAGGUCCUCCACGCUCACCAGCUGCUGGCCAACGAGUUCGCCAUGUCUCUAGUGUCGUGUAAGCUAGCCGACGAUCCCAACCACUACUACGCCGUGGGCACCGCCAUACUCAACCCGGAGGAAUCAGAACCCAAACAGGGGAGGAUUCUUUUAUUCCACUGGUGCGAGGGAAAACUCACUCAAGUGGCUGAAAAAGAAAUUAAAGGAGGCUGUUACACAUUAGUGGAGUUCAAUGGAAAAUUACUAGCAUCCAUAAACAGCACUGUCAGAUUAUUUGAAUGGACUUCAGAGAAGGAGUUGAGAUUAGAAUGCAGUCACUUCAACAAUAUUGUGGCCUUGUACCUCAAAGUGAAGGGAGACUUCAUACUUGUGGGAGAUCUCAUGAGGUCCAUGUCUUUACUGCAGUAUAAACAGAUGGAGGGUUCGUUUGAAGAGAUAGCCCGUGACUACAGCCCUAACUGGAUGACGGCCGUCGAGAUACUCGAUGAUGACACCUUCCUCGGCGCUGAGAACAGCUUCAACCUCUUUGUAUGCCAAAAAGAUAGCGCGGCUACAACUGAUGAAGAAAGACAGCAGAUGGGCUACAUGGGUCAGUUCCACGUUGGUGAUAUGGUGAAUGUAAUGAGGAGGGGAGCCCUGGUCGCUCAACUGGCAGACACCGCCGCGCCUGUCGCACGACCUGUACUACUAGCGACCGUCUCCGGCGCUAUAUGUCUAGUUGUACAAUUAUCACAGGAACUAUUUGAUUUCCUUCAUCAAUUAGAAGAAAGGCUCACACACACGAUCAAGUCGGUGGGUAAGAUCCCUCACUCAUUCUGGAGAUCAUUCAACACUGACAUCAAAACUGAGCCCGCAGAAGGUUUUAUUGAUGGAGACCUGAUAGAAAGUUUCUUAGACCUAUCUAGGGACAUGCAACAAGAAACAUUGCAAGGAUUACAGAUCGAUGAUGGCGGUGGCAUGAUGAGAGAUGCUACUGUAGAUGAUCUCAUCAAAAUAGUUGAAGACCUCACCAGGAUACAUUAG